UUUUCACCAACAAUGGAUAACAAUAAAUAAACCUGAACGAAGCCACUCAAAAUUCAACAGUUUUUCUUAUUUUUUCAGUAUUCACCAAACCUGUUCUAUUGUGGUUUGUUCCAUGAACUUUGGAUCUGCUGAAUUCUAACUAUGGCUACAGUUAUGAAGAUCCAUGUUUUUCCAGAGAGUUUCAGCAACCAACACAGAACAAGGUUUCAUAGGAGCAGCUCCUCAAGUUCUUCACUUGGGGUGCUUGGUUUUGGGCAUAAUUGUGAAGGGCUUUAUGUGAAGCAACAGUGCAGGGCGUUUAGGACUGAAGAUGGGGGUGAUUUGAAGGACAAAAAGAUUAGAAAUUUGAAGAAAAAUGAUGAAUUGAAAGACAAAAGGGUAGGUGGGUUUUGGAACUCACUCAGGUCUAUUCUAUUGAGGAAUUUCAUGAUGGGUUCCAAAUCAGAUGAUGAGUAUCGCCAAGCUGUCGUCAAGGUUGAGGAAGUGCUAUCAUCAAUUGCCAUACAAAUUGGAAGGUAUAUUGUGACUAUGAUGAGCACUGGGGUCAUCCUUGCAAUUGGAUUUCAGAUGUCAGGUGGAGAUAGUCAAUUGGAUGCACUUAUAUGGUAUAGCUGGCUUGGAGGAAUUAUCAUUGGGACAAUGAUUGGUGCUAACAUGGUUUUGGAGGAACAUUGUCGUGCUGGUCCACGUAAUGUUGUAAUAACUGGCAGCACAAGGGGGUUGGGGAAAGCCCUGGCUCGCGAAUUCCUUCUUUCUGGAGACCGAGUCGUCGUUACCUCUCGCAGCCCCGAGUCUGUGCAAGAAACUGUUAAAGAGCUGGAGGAAAACCUAAAAGAAGGCAUUUCCAAUGCGUUUGGUUCGUCUCUGACGAAACUUUCUCAUGCAAAAGUGGUAGGCAUUGCUUGUGAUGUCUGCGAGCCGGAAGAUGUGCAAAGAUUGGCAAACUUUGCUGUAAAUCAGCUUGGACAUAUUGAUAUUUGGAUAAACAAUGCCGGAACAAAUAAAGGGUUUAGACCACUGCUUCAAUUUAGUGAUGAAGACAUUAAGCAGAUUGUCUCAACAAAUUUGGUCGGAUCCAUACUUUGCACUCGAGAAGCCAUGCGUAUUAUGAGAAACCAAAACAGGGCAGGCCACAUAUUUAACAUGGACGGUGCCGGUUCCGGUGGUUCCAGCACACCUCUGACAGCUGUAUAUGGUUCUACAAAAUGCGGUCUUAGGCAACUUCAAGGAUCAUUGUUGAAGGAAUGUAAGCGAUCCAAAGUAGGUGUUCAUACGGCAUCUCCAGGCAUGGUUCUUACAGAUUUGCUUUUAAGUGGCUCAACUGUCCAAAACAGGCAAAUGUUUAACAUCAUCUGCGAGCUUCCGGAAACCGUUGCAAGAACGUUAGUUCCACGGAUGCGUGUCAUUAAGGGAACAGGCAAAGCCAUCAAUUACUUGACACCUCCAAGAAUUUUACUUGCUUUGGUAACUGCAUGGUUACGGCGAGGUCGCUGGUUCGAUGACGAGGGUAGAGCACUGUAUGCGGCUGAGGCCGAUCGGCUUCGGAACUGGGCCGAAAAUCGUGCACGGUUCUCAUUCACCGAUGCAAUGGAAAUGUACACGGAGAACACGUGGCUAUCGGUGUUCUCGCUCUCGGUCGUUUGCGCCUUCAUAAUCCUUUCCAGCACGGGUAACAACAUGCCUGGAACAUGACGAGGUUGUUUUGGUGCUCCAUUUGAUAAAGUGCAUAUAAGCUUGUCUAGUAGAGGUGCCAAAUUGGUUCCUGAAAUCACCAAAAGACACAACAUAAAAUGAUUCUACACAAUAACAUAAAACAAGGUGGAUCUGUCUUUUUUCCACCAUGUCCACCUAAAUUGUCUUCAACCAUUUAGCUUAGACAUUUUGUUCUACCAUGUUAUAAGUUGCUAAAUAUAAAUGUCUUGUCUGAGCUUUGUGUAUAGGCUGCAUUAUUGCAUUCAAGUUGAGCAUUCUCUAUUGAGAUGCUAAUUAUAGUAUGUAUAGCUUUCUUUUAUAUUGUAGACUCUAGUGAAAGGAUCUUAUCUUUUAUCCCCAA